GAAAUAAAACCAUUUUAUACUUUAUUACAGAGCUCGUUUUAUCAGCCGACAGAAGAAAGGCAUAAAAUUUUAAUGGUAGACAAUGGUUUCCAUUCAGAUUUGUAUGCCGUACAAAGCCACAUAAAACUUCGAGGUUAUGAUCCGAAAGAAAGCAUAAUUUUUUUAAAGCCAGGCUGUGUUGUCGGUUUUGAUCUCGCACAUGCAGUCGGAAAUGUCAAACUCCAGCUUCACGAAUGGGAAGUAGACUUUGCUUUAUGGUGCACAUAUAAGUAUUUGAAUUCUGGUGCAGGAAGUAUGGGUUGCAUAUACGUGCAUGAACGUCACACAAAUGGCUACAAUGAAAUUAUACCGAUGAUGCAAGGUUGGUGGGGAGUUAGUAAUGCAGAAAAAUUUUCGCUUCAAAGAGAAUUUAUACCAGCGGACGGAGCGGAUAGGUUCAAAAUAAGCAAUCCAUCUCCAUUUCUAAGUGCUAUGGUCUUAGUGAAUUUAGAGGUGUUCAGAGAAGCAGGAAUUGAGAGACUUCAAGAAAAACAAAAGCUCCUGACAGGGUAUUUGGAAUACCUACUAAAGAAGCAUUUCCCGCCAUCGAAUGGCAUUGAAAGUGGGAAGCCACACAUUCAAGUUAUCACUCCCAGUAACCCAAAGCGCCGAGGCUGCCAAAUUAGUAUCAUGUCAUCUCGUCCAAUAACUGAAAUAGAUGAACGUUUGAAGGCGAAGGGAAUUGUCUGUGAUAUGCGAAAACCUUCAGUCCUGAGAGUGACCCCAGCUCCUUUAUAUAACUCAUUCACUGAAGUUUACAAAUUUGUUCAUAUCUUGGAAGAAGUAGUAGAUGAAAUAUCGUGGCAGAAUGGACAACAGAAUUGAAAGAAUUAAGAAGGAAAAAGGAAUAACACAUAUACUAGAACUUGAAAGGUUUAUGAAGAAAAAUUGCUCUAAGCGAUGGAAUCUUUCUAAUGGUUUUCUGGUUUUCAUUUGUUCACUUUAGAUGUUAACGGUGGUUUGGGAUUUCUUUUGUGUUUUAUUUAUUCAAAUUAAUGUGUGUGUGUAUGUAUGUGUGUGGAGUGGGUUUGUAUAUAUAGAGAGAGACACAAAGAGAGAGCAUAAUAAGAUGCUAGAGAAAAUAUUAUACAUAAUAAAAGUUUGUUUCAAAAGAUAAUGUGUAUAUAUUUAAGUAUUUUUACACAGUAUUUUAGAAAAGUUUCAGGAAUGAAUGAAAUAUAUAUUUAUACAACACUUACAACUAUUUCUUAGGGUCACCUAUAAAUAAUAAUUCUUGGAAAAUAAUACUAAUUAGAAAGUGUGUAUCCUUUCCCUGCAGAAUGGCUUCUGGCUUCCCUACAUGGCAAUGACUUAUGUAGUCCUCUACUGAAAUGCUGCUCAAGAUCUUCAUCACAUUCUCCUGGAUUGCAUCAACAUCUUCAAAAAAUCAGUUUUUAAGGCCUGUUUUAUUCAACAAAAAAGCAAAAUAUCAUUAAGGAAAAGACUAGGGAAAUUAAAUACUCUUUCAUGAUGGUGGCUGUAUGAUAAGGACUAUUGUUUUGAAACAAGUAUAUUGCAGUCUCAUAAAUCUGUUUUCACACUUCAAAUUCAUAGUGCUAACCUCUAUAUUGUUUUCAAGUAAAAGGUUUUAUUAACAAUUUGUCUAAUAGACAUUAAUUAGUUCUUUAUGACUAAUGCCUUUUAAGAUAGGCAAUGAUUAACAUGCACUUAAUCUAGGAUGGAUUCAUUUGUGCUUUCUCUCUUCAUAGGGUAGGAAGAUGUUUGCCAUCUGGCACUCUGUUUCAGGAACAUGGUGAUGGCACAAAUUGGCCAUCUUUGGCCAUUGCAAAGUGACCAAAAAAAGUGACAUUAUGUGCCUUUUCUAAUACACUCAGUGAGAUACUAUGACAUAUUGAUUUUUGCCUGUUAAUUAAAACAUGAGUAUGAACCCUAAAAACAAUUUUCUUAUCUGUAAAUCCUAGUUAAUACGAGGGCUAUCCAGAAAGUAGAUUACGUUUUGGAAUAAAAAAAUAAACAAAGUAUAGGAAACAAAUUUUAUUAUAUACAGAUGAA